ACACUAGCGCAGAAAUUGUCAGGGUACCAAGGAAACUUGACAGUGUACACGGCGCGGCAAUCGUGAAAUAGCGAACAGAAAUUAUUUUACUUUUCUCUAGAUUUCGGCCUACAACAAGCACCAUGAAGAUCGAAGAAGUAAAAAGUACAACCAAAACUCAAAGAAUAGCUAGUCACAGCCACGUCAAAGGACUUGGGCUAGAUGAUGCUGGAAAUGCCAUUACAGCAGCUGCCGGUUUGGUCGGUCAAGAACUUGCACGUGAGGCAGCAGGAGUCAUCGUGGAGUUGAUCAGGUCUAAGAAGAUGGCAGGUCGGGCUGUUCUUCUCGCUGGUCCCCCAGGCACGGGCAAGACAGCCCUCGCCUUAGCCAUAGCCCAGGAGCUAGGCAGCAAAGUGCCUUUCUGUCCCAUGGUGGGUAGCGAGGUCUUCUCCACUGAGAUCAAGAAGACGGAGGUGCUGAUGGAGAACUUCAGGCGAGCCAUCGGUCUUCGGAUCAAAGAGGUGAAGGAAGUGUAUGAAGGAGAGGUGACUGAGUUGACACCAUGCGAGACAGAGAACCCAAUGGGAGGCUAUGGCAAGACGGUCAGUCACGUCGUCAUCGGCCUGAAGACAGCCAAAGGCACCAAGCAGCUGAAGCUGGACCCGUCCAUCUAUGAGAGUCUACAGAAGGAGAAGGCUGAAGUGGGCGACGUCAUCUACAUCGAGGCAAACAGUGGCGCAGUCAAGAGGCAAGGGCGUUCAGACACCUACGCCACAGAGUUUGACCUUGAAGCCGAGGAAUACGUACCCCUUCCCAAAGGAGAUGUCCACAAGAAGAAGGAGAUCAUCCAAGACGUGACCUUACAUGACCUGGAUGUGGCCAAUGCUAGACCGCAGGGAGGGCAAGACAUCAUGUCCAUGAUGGGCCAGCUCAUGAAACCCAAGAAGACAGAAAUUACAGACAAGCUGCGGAAAGAGAUCAACAAGGUCGUCAACAAGUACAUUGAUCAGGGUGUGGCUGAGCUUGUCCCAGGUGUACUGUUCAUCGACGAGGUUCACAUGUUGGACAUUGAGACCUUCACCUACCUACACAGAGCCCUGGAGUCUUCCCUCUCACCCAUCGUCAUCUUUGCCACCAACAGAGGCAAAUGCACAAUCAGAGGUACUGAGGAUGUGAUCGCACCGCAUGGUAUUCCCCUGGAUCUGUUAGAUAGAGUCAUGAUCAUCAGAACCCUGCCUUACACACAGGAUGAAAUGAUGCAGAUUCUGAAGAUCAGGGCUGAGACGGAGGGCCUGCUCAUUGAAGACGAAUCACUCAACAAACUGGCUGAAAUUGGCAGCAAGACGACGUUAAGGUACGCCGCCCAGCUGCUGACGCCCAGCAGCAUCUUGGCCCGCAUCAACGGCAAAGACGCCAUCAACACGGAGGAGAUUGAGGAGAUCAGCGGUCUGUUCUACGACGCCAAGUCCUCCGCCAAGAUCCUCGCUGAGGGCGGGGACAAGUUUAUGAAAUGAUUGCGCCCAUUAGACCGCCACCCGUUUCUGACUACCGUUCCCGAAUUGCACCAACCCAAAUUACUUCCUGGGGAGUCGGGUUGGCGCCAUGGUUCUAUCCUAGCCUUCCACCUCUAUGGCCCGGGUUCGAUUCCUGCCCUGGUCCACAUGUGAAUUCGGUUUUCAGUCCCAACCGGAUUCUGUGGAUUUUCCCCAAAAAUACUCUUCUGGGGUUUUCCUCCCAACUCUAAAAUUGU